AGGAAAUGAAUCUCGAGCAGAAGCAAGCGCAACAAUAGCAAGCAAGCUAGAGCCUGUCCAUCGAAGCUGCAGGGAGAUCGUUCGAGAGAAUGUCGUCGGAAGCAGCAGCAGAGCAGCAGCUUCCCAGUUGCAUCGCCCUUCGGUCAAAAAGCAACGGUAAGUUCCUGCGGUAUGUGCACGGGCACGGGGAGGAGAAAUACAGGCAGCUGGAGCUCAGCGGCGAGGACGCCCUCAGCCUCUUCACCCGGUUCGACGUGGAGCCGUCCCGGCUGCACGACGGCCUCGUGCACAUCCGAUGUCGCUACAACCGCAAGUACUGGGUAGCUCGCCGUCACGACGACGACGGGUGGAUCGUCGUUGCCGGCGCCGACGAGCCGGAGGAGGACCUGUCCAAGCCGUCUUGCACCCUGAUUAAGGCUGUCCCUGUCGUCUCUUCAGAUGAUGGUGGCCGCGCCCGCGCUGCUGCUGACGCCGGUGAUCAGCCUCGUGAUCAAUCCGUGACGAUGACCUUCAGGAUGGUUCUCGCCGGCAGGCUGCAGCAGGCCGCAGCUGCAGGAAAGGACGACGAUGGCAGCGGGCGCAUGUCGUUGAGCGGCACUGGUACCGUGGGCUCGUGCUUGUGCGUUGGACGCCAGCAGCAGCAGCAGGUCGACGACGACGACGACGGCUUCAUCAUCUUCAACCUGUCCAACAGCAAGAGGUUGCUGCCUAGAGUCGUGGCGUUCAAGGGCAGCAACGGCAAGUACCUGGCCGCGCGCACGAUCCAAGGCCGCAACCACCUCGUCUUCGCGUCCGACGACGUCGGGGACGCGGCCGUGGCGCACGAGGUCGUCUACGUCGCCAACGACAUCCACGGCCGCUUCCGCGUCCGUAACAGGAACCUGUCCAGGCUCUGGAUCCGACCCCUCAACAUGAACUGGAUUAUUCUGGCCGCCGGCGCCGGCAGCAGCAACGACGAUGACCUGUUCGAGCUUCUCCAGGUGGGCGACGACUCGUUCGCGCUGAGGAGCACCAGAACCAUAUUUACCCCUGGGGGCGGCCCCAUGGCUUUCAGCGACAAUUUCUGCAUCAACCAGACAUCGCCGGCGGCGGCCUUGAUGAACGCUCUGGAGGCCGCCAGCAGCACCCUCCCCAGGGAAGCUCUGGUGAAGGUGGAGGCGGCGGUGAUGCACCGCGAGAUCAGCGACAUGGUCUACUUCCUCGACGAGGCCAGGGUGUACGACAGGAUGCCGGUGACGAUGGCCAUGGCCGACGCCGUCAACGACACCUCCGCACCGACCACUAAGAGGCUCACCAUAUCCUUCGAGGAGACGGAGACCACCCAGUGGGACGCCACCCUCGAGCUCACCCUCGGCUACACGGCCACCAUGAAGGUCGGGUUCCCCAAGCUCGGCCUCGGCGCCCAAGCGGAACUCUCCGCCGAGUUCUUCGGGUCCUACAACUGGGGCGAGACCGUCGUCACCACGGUGAAGAAGGCGGUCGAGUACGAGGUCACCGUGCCUCCCAGGACAAAGGUCUCCGUCCGGGUCAUGGCCACCAAGGCCACCUGCGACGUCCCCUUUGGUUACAUACAGAAGGACACCUUCACCGACGGAAGAGUUGAAACACGUCGAAAGCAGGAUGGCAUCUUCACCGGCGUCAACAGCUACAACUUCCAGUUCCAUGCCACGGAGAUGCCCCUGGAGCAAAGGCUUAUAAUGCAGCAGCACGCCUCUUGAUCGGCCGGAUUAAUUAAUUACUGCAUCGUAUUUAUCAAUUAUUGCUUAAGUACGUAAUAACGGUUCUGCUAUUCAGCAGCUAGCCGCCUGAGAAAUAAAGUUCCAGCAGUCGAUUUUGUUUUUCCGGCA